CUCCUCCUCCUCGUCUAUUAAGCUCUGUUGCCGACGAAAACAAGAAAACUCAACAUGGCGGUUUCGAGUUCUUUAACCAUCUCUCCAAGAAAACUCCGGUCUGAUCUUUAUUCAUACUCCAACAACCAAAGCAACUCCGAGACGCCUCUGGUUAUCUCUGUUCUGUCGUCUCUGAUCGAACGAACUCUUGCUCGUAACCAGAGGAUUAGCAGCCGGAGAGCGUUUCCGACGUCGCCGUCUUCUUCCACCGGCAAGACUCAGAUCUUCGAUUGCCGUGAAGUGCCUGACAUGACCAUUCAAUCGUACCUAGAGAGAAUUUUCCGGUACACAAAAGCCGGUCCUUCGGUUUACGUGGUGGCUUAUGUCUACAUUGACCGGUUUUGUCAAACCAAUCCCGGUUUUAGAAUCAGUCUCACAAAUGUACAUCGGCUCCUCAUCACCACCAUCAUGAUCGCUUCUAAAUACGUAGAAGAUUUGAACUACAGGAAUUCAUAUUUCGCUAAAGUAGGUGGACUAGAGACAGAGGAACUGAACAAGUUAGAGUUAGAGUUUCUGUUCUUGGUGGGAUUCAAGCUACAUGUGAAUGUGAGUGUGUUCGAGAGCUAUUGUUGUCAUCUUGAAAGAGAAGUUAGCUUUGGAGGAGGUUAUCAAAUCGAGAAGGCAUUACGUUGCGCUGAAGAAAUCAAAUCCAGACAAAUGAUCGUUCAAGAUCCUAAACACCAUCAUCAUCAUCAUCAUCACUUUGCUCGAAUCUUGUUAUAGAGAAAGAACCUCUGUUUUUUCCUUUUUUUCCAUUUAAAUUUUAGUUUUGUAGGUUUUGUCGUUUUGUGCUUUGUGAUCUUUUGACUUUCUGACAAACUUGUUGGUUAGAGUGUUUCUUUUGUAUAUUUUUGUUUGGUAGGUCGUAAAAUGUAAAUAUAGAUGAGCGGUGAUGUAAAAAAGAAUGAAAUUCAAUAUCUAAUUGAAUUUGGUAACGCGGUACAAA